AUGCUUCUCCGAUGCCUCAUCCUCUCCGUCUUGGCCAUUGUUGCCUCCUCAUUCGUCCUCCCAUCCAACUUGGACAACUGUGCCCCACCAAAUGGAACUGACCAUCAAAUGCACUGGUGGCAAUGCAGCAAUGGACCAGUUCAAUUCUUAAAUGCCACUCCAUACGACUCGACUGGAACCAAAUACGAGUAUCCAAUCCAUUUGAGCAAGCCAAUUGUUGUCAAGACUCAAAUCAACAACCCAACCAACACCUAUGUGAAACCAAACCUUCGUAACACUGUCAACCUCUGGAAGUACGGUGGAUGGUCUGGAUGCACAUGGACCUCUAUCCCGACUCUCGGACUUUUGAAGGACCUUUCCGCCUGCGACCACGGAGUCCCAUGCCCAGUCAAACCAGGAAAUCAAGAACUCGACGUGACCAUUGACUUCACUCAAUUCGAACAAAUCAUCAAUUUGCUCAAGGACAAUCAGCCAUAUCAACUCGAGUACAUGCUUCAUGACAACCAAUCCGGAGACGACUCGUGUAUGAUGGUUCAAGCAUGGGCUUACCUUCAGUAA